AGAAUGGGGCUUGUAAAAAGUCAAAAUAAUCCCUGAUUCUAGGUUUAAAAAUGUGUCACGCUUAUUCUCCACCGCCACGCCACUCCACUUGUGUUUCUCUGGUGGUGCUGUUCCUUCUGAUUCCGAAGCGACACUCAGCCCCUUCUCUCAGAUUCAAACUCUUUUCAGAAUGGGAGCUGGGCGUGAAGUCUCAAUCUCACUCGACGGAGUGAGGGACAAGAACCUAAUGCAGCUCAAGAAGCUCAACAUAGCUCUUUUCCCUGUUCGUUACAAUGAAAAAUACUAUGCCGAUGCACUUGCUUCCGGUGAAUUCACUAAACUAGCAUACUACAGUGACAUAUGUGUUGGUGCAAUUGCAUGCCGGCUUGAGAAGAAGGAAAAUGGGGGACAAAUCCGGGUUUACAUUAUGACUUUAGGUGUUUUGGCACCUUACCGUGGGCUUGGUAUUGGAACAAAGCUCUUGAAUCAUGUACUUGAUCUUUGCUCCAAGCAAAACAUUUCUGAGGUUUACUUGCAUGUGCAGACAAAUAACGAAGAUGCCAUAAACUUUUAUAAGAAAUUUGGGUUUGAAAUCACAGAAACAAUCCAGAACUAUUAUACAAACAUCACACCACCAGACUGCUAUGUUCUUACAAGGCAUACAGUUCAGAGCCCAACAAAGAAAUAGCAUUUCAGUGCCAUUUAUUUUCGGUGAAGACAUAAGAGAUUUGCAUUUGUUAUUGGAUUUUUGCCAUGGAUGUAUUAUAAGCUUUGCCAUUUCAAUGGCUAGGUUUCAAACGGUAAAGUUAUCUCAAAAAAAUAGAAGCAUUUGGAGAUCUAUUGCUAAGGUACUAUCUAAUUACCGACGUCAUUUUCGUAGCUAUCUUCGGUCUUCCUCCCAUCUUCUCAUUUUCCCCAGAAUAGUGUUGAAUUUGAAAUUUGAGUCUCUUUGGCUAUCCGAUUAUCUAAAAUGGAGGUCCAAAAAGAACAAACACAUCGUCAAAUGCCAUUUUUCUUUGAAUUGCA